GAAUGAUAUAAACUAUACAUAUAUAAUAUUUAAGAAAAAAGGACCACUGACAUUAUCUUGUUAUGAUUUACUUCAUUGACUUGAAAGUUCCAAGGAUGAACUGAUCUCUUUCGAACAACUACUGCAAGUAUAAACGUCCAGUAUAAUUUCAUUUUACCCAGUAAGACGGGUUGUUUUGUUUCAUAUUUUUGAUUUAUUUAUACAAUGUCAUUCCAAAUUCACGUCCCUAAAAACACAAUUGGGCGCCUAUUCCCAUUGUUGAUUGUUUUACAAAUGUACGUUGUGUUUGUCGAGCCCUUUUAUCAUGGAACACGUUUUGAAGAACUUCGCCAACUCUUGGGACCUAAGUUUUUGUAUGGUUCUGUGUACUUUUUGAUCUUCGCUCAUAGCUUAGAAGCCUUCCUUGCAUUAAGAGCUUGUCUUGCGAAAAAACUCAGUUUUGCAACUACACUAGGAUGGGUUGUUUCGGUUUUUAUUUAUGGUGCUCCAACACUGAUGAUGUUGAAAACCACAUCGGGAAAGAGCAAAAAGCAUGCUAAAUAGAAAGGAAAAUAAUCUCUUUGUGUUGUUAUUAUAAAUAAUGAACGGAAAACGAAGUUGUACCUGCCGUGGGUCCGUCCUGACUGAAAUGAAAAAGAACCAUUGUUAUCAACUACAACAGCUAGCCAUUUAUUUAUUGAAAAUCAUUAACAAAAAUAAAUUCUAUGGCGAAGAAGCAUUCCAUUCGAUGAGAGAUGUCUCUCACAUCGACCAAAAGGGAGGGUAUAAUUAAGUGUUACAGUCCACGUAAAAAAAACUAAUAGCUAUUGGAAAAUAAACAGAUUAAUCAUGAAAUCUUUUAAGCAAAGACAUCGUUUUAAAUCUUGAAAGAUGGCUCACUAUGCAACCUGUACUAUCACUAUGAUUAUUACUAACACUAAUAGCGGUACCUUUCUUUACCAAGGGUAAACGAAAGCAAAAAGGAUGAAUGGGAGAGGAACAAGAAAGAACGUGAAAUGAUUCAGUCCUGAAAGACUGGAGGAAUGCCGAGAAGUUUCAUUACGAUUCCGUGACUAGUAGUUGGGACCUUUUGAUGCUGCCUAUAUGUUUACCCUCGAAGAAUUGAUUCCUAAAUUAAUAUUUAUCUUGACAUAGGAACCCAGCGAGGAGGAGAUUAUAAUGCCAUUGUCAUGUUCGCAGAGAACAGUGAGCAUCCAUCCUUACAUUACUAGCAUUAGAAAGGAAAUAUUAAACAAAUCGCCAAGUUAUCGAAUCAAACCAAAAAAGCAAAUGACA